GGAAAUGAGUUGCCAUGACCACAGAAAUGGAUUGCCAUCUACGCACCUAUGGUUGACCUGUGACCAGAAGCUGAGCUUGCGGCUACUGUGAGCGGCGAAUGAUAGUGCGAUUGCUGCCUACAACGCCUAUGGGUGGUUCGCGGUGAACUCCGGUAGCAGAGAGAGUGAGAUUCGAGACGUGAUUCCGCCAUGGAGCACCCGCUGCGGCGAACUUCCGGCAGGUCUGACGGUGACCUGAUACACCCUUGCAGCGGUGGCGGAUCAGAGAGGUGAAGACACCUCUCGUUGUUCUCUUGUUGUUUCCGAGUUUGAAGUUCUUGUAUCAUGGCAAAGCAAGCAGCACCAUCCUUGUCUUCCAACUUCAAAUUUCAAUGGACUUACGAUGUCUUCCUCAGUUUUAGAGGUGAAGACACCAGGUUAAAUUUCACAAGUCAUCUCUACCAUUCUCUGCGUCGAAAGGGAAUUCACACUUUCUAUGAUGAAGAUGGGCUUAAAAGAGGGGAGGAAAUUACACCAGCUCUUCUCAACGCCAUUCAAGAGUCUAGAAUUGCAAUCAUUGUUUUCUCCAAGAAUUAUGCAUCAUCAACAUUUUGUUUGGAUGAACUUGUCAAGAUUCUUGAGUCGUUGAAUGUACACAGUCGAUUGGUAUGGCCAAUUUUUUAUGAUGUCGAUCCAUCAGAAGUUCGGCAUCAAACGGGGGUUUAUGCAGAAGCCAUGGUGAAACAUGAGGAAAGGUUUCAGGAUGACAGGGAAAAGGUACAAAAAUGGAGGAAGGCUUUAUGUCAAGCAGCUAAUCUAUCAGGCUGGCAUUUCCAACUUGGUUCUGAACCAGAAUAUAUGUUUAUUUACAAUAUUGUUGAAGAGGUCUCAAAAAAGAUCAAUCGCACUCCUUUACAUGUUGUUGAUAACCCUGUUGGGCUAGACUCUGCUGUGCUAGAAGUGAGAUCCCUCCUCGGAGAUGGAUCUGAAGUGGUCAUGGUAGGCAUUUAUGGAUUUGGUGGAAUAGGUAAAACCACAAUUGCUCGUGCUGUGUAUAACUUGAUUGCUGAUCAAUUUGAAGGUUCAUGUUUUCUUGCUGAUAUCAGAGAAUCGACAAUUAGUAAGCAUGGUCUUGUACAACUCCAAGAAAUGUUACUUUCUGAAAUACUUGGGGAGAAAGAUAUCAAAGUGGGAAAUGUCAAUCAAGGAAUUCCAAUAAUAAAAAGGAGGCUUCAACAAAUGAAGGUUCUUUUGGUUCUAGACGAUGUUGACAAAUUGGCACAGUUAAAAUCACUUGCGGGAGGGUAUGAUUGGUUUGGCUUUGGUAGCAAGAUCAUUAUCACAACAAGAGACAAACAGUUGCUAGCUGCUCAUGGGGUAGUAAAAUUGCUUGAUGUUAAACCCUUAUGUGAUGAAAUAGCUCUUGAAUUGUUUAGCUGGCAUGCCUUUAAAAGUAACAAAGUUGAUACAAGUUGUUUGGGUAUUUCUAGCCGUGCAGUUUCUUAUGCAUGUGGUCUUCCGUUGGCUUUGGAAGUCAUAGGUUCUUACUUAUUUGGGAAAAGUUUAGAUGAGUGUAAGUCCGCGUUAGAUAAAUAUGAAAGAAUUCCUCAUAAAGAGAUCCAUGAAAUUCUUAAGGUAAGCUAUGAUGGAUUGGGAGAAGAUGAGAAGGGAAUUUUCCUUGACAUUGCUUGUUUCUUCAAUAAAUAUGAAAUUGACUAUGUCAAACAAGUGCUCCAGGCUCGUGGAUUUCAUGUAGAAGAUGGUAUUAGAGUGUUGACAGAUAGAUCUCUUAUUAAGAUUGAUGCUAUUGGUGUUUUGAGAAUGCAUGACUUAGUUCAAGACAUGGGCAGAGAAAUUGUUAGGCAAGAAUCAACAAACAAGCCUGGAAGACGUAGUAGAUUAUGGUUAGAUAAGGAUAUCAUUCAUGUUUUGGAAGACAAUAUGGGAACUGACAAAGUCGAAUUCAUAAAGUUUGAUAUGCACAACAACAAUGAAGUGGAGUGGGGUGGAAAUGCCUUCGAGAAGAUGAAAAGCCUGAGAGUUCUAAUUAUGGAAAAUGCAGCAUCUUGUACAGGCCCCAAAGAUCUACCAAAUAGUUUGAGGGUGCUAGAUUGGAGAUAUUAUCCAUCACCAUCUUUACCAUCUGAUUUCAAUCCUAAACAACUUGUGAUACUCAAUAUGUCUAAAAGUUGUCUUAAAUUGUUCCAACCCCCCAAGAUGUUGGAAUCCUUGUCUUCAAUAAAUUUUGAUGGUUGCGAGUUCUUAACUGAACUACCGAACCUAAGUGCAGCACCAUUCCUGAUGAAUCUGUCCCUUGAUAACUGCACAAGUUUAGUUACAAUUCAUGAAUCUGUUGGGUUUCUUGAGAAUCUCCGCUCUUUGAGCGCUAAAGGAUGCACCCAGCUAAAAAUUCUUGUUCCCUGCAUCAAGUUGACAUCUCUUGAAAUUCUGGAUCUCGAGGGGUGCUCACGUCUCAAGAGAUUCCCAGAAGUAUUAGAAAAGAUGGAGAAAAUAAUAGAAAUUAAUUUAGACGCCACUGCCAUAGGAAAAUUGCCAUUUUCCAUUGGAAAUCUUGUUGGGCUUGAACGAUUAUCCCUCAAGGGAUGCAGAGGCCUUAAUCAGCUACCGGGUAGUAUCUAUAUAUUGCCAAAAGUUGAAGUGUUAAUGGGUAAUGGGCAUGGAGGAUUUUGUGUUUUUAUAGGGCAUGGAGAGAAAGAAAAGAUGAGCUCAGAAGUAUCUUCAGAUGUCAUGGUUGUUUAUCAUGAAGCUGAAGCCAGAUAUGUCCUUGAUGUGUAUUAUCCGCACAUGAGCCCUGAUAAUGUGAUUCAAGUAUGCAGUCCUGAUCCCCAAGUGUAUCAUGAGUUUAACUUGUUGUUCACUAAGCUUGCAUAUCACAGGGACUUGAACUCUAGAUGCAAGAAAACAUCAACAUGUUUCUCAUUCCGAAAGAAAUUCCCCAAGAUAGCUCUGUGUUGUCAUGUAGUUCCCCAUGUGAAAAGUCUCGUGCUUUUGGAAUUCAUGUUCAGUGUACUUGUCAAUGGCAGGAAACAAUUUGACUCUGCAUGCACCUAUGUAACUAAUGGUCUAUGGUGGCAAACAUUUUGGUGUGAUUUAAAAUGCGAAGUUGAGGGGGCAUUUUCAGAGAAUAAAUGGAAUCAUGUUGAGAUUUUAUGUGAGGCGAAAUACCCCAGACCAAGUUCUGAAUUGGCAAUGGCCACAGAAACUUGGGUUGGAACUGGACUUUCAUUAAGCUGGACCCUUGUUGGUAUCUACAAGGAAGGAAACAACAAGGAAGAUAUUAAAUUUGAAAAUGGUGUGUCGCAGUUUCCAUCUGCCAUUAGAAAACCAGUGUAUCCACUUCUACCUUCCUGCUUCUACUCAUCACCACCACUGUAUCCUCCUUUACCUUGCUGCUUCUAUUACACUGUUGUGCAGAAUGAAGUAACAGAUAAAUAGGGUCUGCAAACUAUUAUAGUUUAUUUAACCAUUUUAUUGUAAUAACAAUGAGUAUCAUUGUAAAAUAUUUGCUGAAUUACAAGGGGGUAACUUUUUGUUGCCUUCUUAAAAUAUUUGUUGUGAAAUUUUUAUGUAUGUCAGCCAAGGAAGCAAAUUCAUUCUUACAUUAUCAAAA